AGAAAGACUAUAAAAUUAGCACGGCCGUAAAAAUUGCAAAUUGCGCAAAAACUUUGCAAUUAAAUCGCAAUAAUUGUUGUGUGUGCUUGAGCGCAAUUCCAGAAUUAAUUAGUAAUUGCAUUUGAUUCGUUGCAGCAGUUGGAUGCCACGGCAAAUCAUCAGGGAUGCGGCAACGAGAUGGGGCACAGUCAGGGGAUCCCACUGGGCCAUUUCGUCAAUUUCGUCGAUUUCGUUGAUUUCGCUGUGCGUCUUUGCCAAUCUGAUAGACAGCUGUCGAACGGAGAGAACCAAUGUGGGCCUCAUCUAUGAAAAUACUAAUCCGGAUGUUGAGAAAAUCUUUCACUUGGCCAUUGACAAGGCAAACGAGGAGAACGAGGAGCUGAAACUGCAUGGAGUGGCUGUGGCGAUUGAACCGAAUAAUGCCUUCGAGACUUCCAAAAAACUGUGCAAGAUGCUGCGACAAAAUUUGGUGGCCGUGUUUGGACCAAGUACGAAUCUGGCAGCCCGACAUGCCCUGAGCAUAUGCGAUGCCAAGGAGUUGCCGUUUCUGGACACACGAUGGGACUUUAGUACACAACUGCCCACCAUCAAUCUGCAUCCGCAUCCGACGCAAUUGGGCGUGGCACUCAAGGAUCUGGUCAGUGCACUGGGCUGGGAGAAAUUCACCAUUAUUUAUGAGUCGGGGGAGUAUCUGGUGACAGUGAAUGAGCUGCUGCAGAUGUAUGGGCCGAUGGGUCCGACUAUAACCCUGCGUCGCUAUGACCUCGAUCUCAAUGGCAACUAUCGCAAUGUGCUGAGACGCAUACGCAACUCGGAUGAUGAUUCAUUUGUGGUUGUCGGAUCGAUGGAGACGCUGCCCGAGUUCUUUAAGCAGGCACAACAGGUGGGACUCCUGACCAGUGACUAUCGCUACAUCAUUGGCAACCUUGAUUGGCAUACCAUGGAUCUGGAGCCAUAUCAGCAUGCGGACGCCAACAUAACGGGAAUGCGCUUCGUCUCCCCGGACAGCGAGCAGGUGCAGGAGGUGGCCAAGGCAUUGUACGAGAGCGAGGAGCCAUUUCAGAAUGUGUCGUGUCCUCUGACCAACAGCAUGGCCUUGAUCUACGAUGGCAUUCAGCUGCUGGCCGAGACCUACAAACAUGUUAACUUCCGGCCCAUGCAGCUGAGCUGUGGCGACAACAGCGCCUGGGACAAGGGCUACUCGAUUGUCAACUACAUGAAGUCGUUGACGCUCAACGGCCUCACGGGCGCCAUUCGGUUUGACUACGAGGGAUUGCGCACUGAUUUCCAACUGGAGGUCAUCGAGCUGAGCGUGUCGGGGAUGCUGCAAAUUGGCCAGUGGAGCACCGAGGGCGGCUUCGAAAUGAAUCGUCCCGCUCCGCCGCACACACUCGAGCCGGAUAUGCGUUCGCUGAUGAACAAGAGCUUUGUCGUUGUCACUGCCAUUAGCGAACCCUACGGCAUGUUGAAGGAGACCGCCGAGAAGCAGGAGGGCAACGCUCAGUUCGAGGGCUUUGGCAUUGAAUUGAUUGAUGAGCUGUCCAAGAAACUCGGCUUCAGCUACACCUUCUAUCUGCAGCCGGACAAUAAAUACGGCGGACUGGAUCCCAAAACCGGUGAAUGGAAUGGCAUGCUACGCGAGAUAAUAGACAAUCGUGCUGACAUGGGCAUAACCGAUUUGACCAUGACAUCGGAACGUGAGAGCGGCGUGGACUUCACCAUUCCCUUUAUGAAUCUGGGAAUCGCCAUAUUGUUUCGUAAGCCGAUGAAGGAGCCUCCCAAGCUUUUCUCGUUUAUGUCACCGUUCUCCGGCGAGGUAUGGCUUUGGCUCGGACUUGGCUAUAUGGGCGUGUCCAUCAGCAUGUUUGUCCUGGGACGAUUGUCGCCGGCAGAGUGGGAUAAUCCGUAUCCCUGUAUUGAGGAGCCCACCGAACUGGAGAAUCAGUUUAGCUUUGCCAAUUGUCUUUGGUUCUCCAUUGGCGCCCUGCUGCAACAAGGCUCCGAGCUGGCACCCAAGGCAUUUUCAACGCGAGCCGUGGCCGCCUCUUGGUGGUUCUUCACACUGAUUUUGGUCUCGUCUUAUACGGCAAAUCUGGCCGCCUUUCUUACAGUCGAAUCACUGGUUACACCCAUUAAUGAUGCUGAUGAUUUAUCAAAGAACAAGGGCGGCGUCAACUAUGGCGCCAAAAUAGGUGGCAGCACCUUUACCUUCUUCAAAGACGCCAAAUAUCCUACGUAUCAAAAAAUGUACGAGUUCAUGAAGGACAAUCCCGAGUUCAUGACCAACUCCAACCAAGAGGGCGUCGAUCGUGUCGAGAACAGCAACUAUGCCUUCCUCAUGGAGUCCACAACCAUCGAGUACAUCACAGAACGACGCUGCACCUUGACCCAAGUGGGUGCAUUGCUGGACGAGAAGGGCUACGGCAUUGCUAUGCGAAAGAACUGGCCCUAUCGAGAUGUCCUUAGCCAGGCCAUACUCGAGCUACAGGAACAGGGUGUCCUUACCAAAAUGAAGACCAAGUGGUGGAAGGAGAAGCGUGGUGGUGGCGCCUGUUCGGAGGAGCCCGACUCGGAUGCCUCCUCAUUGGGCUUUGCCAAUUUGGGCGGCGUCUAUCUGGUCAUGUUCGUGGGCAGCUGCUUUGCCAGCGUUUAUGGGCUGAUUAACUGCCUCAUCAGCAUCUUAUGGACCGCUCGCGAAAACAAGGUCAACUUCAAGGAUGAACUGCUGGACGAGCUGCGAUUUAUUAUACAAUGCUCGGGGAAUACGAAGGCUGUUAAGUAUCCGAAGAACUCUGGCAGCAGUUCCCACUCAACGGGCAGCUCCAAGUCGAAAGGAUCUUCCCUCUCUGUAGACUCUCUCCCAGAGGACCAAUCUGUUGCCGAUGUGGAAGUGGUCAAGGAAAAACGUGGCAAGAAGUAGACGUUAUCGAAUUUUAGUACACUUUAGGAAGUUGCAUUAUUGUUUGUUUUCUCGACUAAUAAAUCUUUUUGUGAAGCUUUUUAUUGAGCUU